AUGAAGCGCGAAAAGCACGCCAAUCGCCAUCAAUUUGCUAUCUACGUUGACAGGCAGGUCAACAGAUAUGCCAACUUUUCCAGGCUUGCCCUUAUGAUCUAUGAUAUCGUCCUGAACCUCGGCCGGGAGAAGCAGCUCGUGUGGGACACCAAGUUCCGCACGUAUAGUCUGUUGUACUAUAUGUCCCGCUACCCGCUAGUCCCCUUUCAAGUCUUUGAGGUCUUCUAUACCCCUUCAAUGCCACAGUACGUCGUAUCUCGAUAA